AGGAUCCCGCCUCCGCCGUCCCGCGCCUCGGGCUUUAAGGCUGCCGAUCUGCCUGGAGCCUGAGCUCGGAUCCACGGGGAGGUGGAACCGGUGACGUGGCAUUCUCACGUGCUCGGAAGCAGAAGGCCGCGUUGGAGCCGGGAGGAGGUUCCUCUGCGGGGUCUUUCGUGUUCUCGGGACAGCGCGGAGGGGCCCAUCUGACGUAGUCUUCCCUGCCGUCCGUACACCAAGCGCGCGAUGCUGAAAGCCGUGAUCCUAAUCGGGGGCCCUCAGAAAGGGACCCGCUUCCGACCCUUGUCCUUUGAAGUGCCCAAGCCCUUGUUCCCCGUGGCAGGGGUUCCCAUGGUGCAGCAUCACAUUGAGGCAUGCACUAAGGUGCCCAACAUGAAGGAGAUUCUCCUGAUUGGCUUCUAUCAACCUAAUGAGGCACUCAGCCACUUCCUGGUCUCUGCCCAGCAAGAAUUCAAGAUCCCUAUUAGGUAUCUGCAGGAAUAUGCAGCGCUUGGCACAGGUGGGGGUAUCUACCACUUCCGUGACCAGAUCCUUUCAGGUAACCCUGCAGCCUUCUUCGUGCUCAAUGCUGAUGUCUGCUCCGAAUUCCCCCUCGAUGAGAUGCUUGCCUUCCAUCGUCAGCGUGGCAGUUCCGACAGCUUCCUCAUGCUGGGCACCACGGCCAAUAGGAAGCAGUCUCUGAACUAUGGCUGCAUCGUGGCAAAUGCCAGCACACACGAGGUCUUACACUAUGUGGAGAAGCCCAGCACUUUUGUGAGCGAGCUCAUCAACUGUGGUAUCUACUUAUUUACCCCGGCCAUCUUCCAUCACAUUGGGGAAGUCUUCCAUCGUAACCAGCGGGAGCUGCUCUUGGGUUCAUGCCUUGGAGAGGAGAACACAAACGGUUGGCAGCGGGCUGAAGCCAUCAGGUUGGAGCAAGACAUCUUCACAGCCCUUGCCGGGCAGGGACGCCUCUUUGCCUACAAAACAGAAGGGUUCUGGAGCCAAAUCAAAUCUGCUGGCUCUGCCAUCUAUGCCAAUCGUCUCUACCUGAGCUGCUACAGCCAGUGUCACCCGGAGAGACUUGCCCAGAAUCAACCUGGUGGGCCCAGCAUCCGAGGGAAUGUCUAUAUUCAUCCAACAGCCUCUGUGGAUGCCACUGCUGUGCUGGGUCCCAAUGUCUCCAUCGGGAAAGGGGUAACCAUUGGUGCAGGAGUGCGAGUGCGAGAAUCCAUCAUUCUGCAUGGAGCGUCUCUCCAGGACCAUACCUGUGUGCUCAACAGCAUUGUAGGCUGGGACAGCACAAUUGGACGCUGGGCUCGUGUAGAGGGUACCCCCAGUGACCCCAAUCCAAAUGAUCCCUAUGCAAAGAUUGACAGCGAGACACUCUUUCGAGAUGGCCGCCUCACUCCAUCUAUCACUAUUCUGGGCUGCAAUGUGACCAUUCCUGCUGAAGUAGUCAUCCUGAACUCAAUUGUGCUUCCCCACAAGGAACUCAGCCGCAGCUUCAAGAAUCAGAUCAUUCUUUAAUGGGCCGUGAACUCACCUCUGUUGACUUCCAGAUAGAAAGUUCAAGAACCUCAUAAUAAUGUAGCUUGUGACUUCGUCAGACUUAUUUUGAAGCCUCAUUCAAUCCUUGUCCUGGUAGGCCAAGAUCUAUGGCUUUGGUAUCGGCUGCAAUAUCCUUCUGGGACUUUUCAGGGAAUGGGAAUAUGAGCCUCUUUCUUAGGCUGGAAGGAGUUGAAAUGGCCUCCUCUUCCCUAACUUGACUGCCAGAGAACCUCCCCGAGGAAGAAGCCUGCCAGAACCUUGGGGUUACCUCACUAAAGGCCAUUGAGAGGGAAAAGUGUGUAGCUUUCUCUCAGUCCUAAGAGGACUUGAGACAUCUCUGCAGGCUUCUGUGGCUUUCAGAUCCAGUUGAAUCCCAUCAACCCCAAGAGCUCCAUUCCUGAUGCCACCAAUGAAACAGAGCGGGGCAACUGCAACUUCAGAUCAAGUACUGCAGCUCACGUGGCCAAAAGACCUGUAAUUUCCCCUUCCCCUCCAUGUAGUGCCCCUUUUUCCCCCUGGCACUGCCUUUUACACUUGUACACUAAGGAAUUUACCAGACAAUGGCCCCAUACCUGCCUCUGGUCCUUUAUAAUGAGGAGGAACUGAUUUGUUUCCAUGUUCUAGUAUGAUGCAAGCCAAGUUGAAACUUUGAAAUGAAUGAGAAAAUGUUGGUAAGAAAUCACCAAUAAUAAACAUGUAUUGU